CAGGAAUCUCAGGGCACCACUGUAUCUUGGGGCUAUGUGAGGCCAGCGCCUAGCUGACAUGAUCCCUAUCUCCACCAUUCUUCUGGCUCACACCUGUGGUCCAUAGCCCGCAGGCCCCCGCUUCCCUCUCUCUUGGGGUGAUGGGAGUGUGCAUCUGCUGUAUCCCAGCUGCAGGAGGGGUUGUUAAGAGGGCACCUGUCUGUGGGGUGUAUGGCUCUCAGAGACAUCUUGAAGCCAUGGAGGGAGAUGUGAAAACCUACAAUUCUGCCUCUUUUAUUGUUGGCAGCACCCUGUGAUGACCAUGUGACGCAGCAGGCGCUGCUCCUGCUAUGGCCACAGCGAAGGAGCCAAAUGCUGUGGAUGUACCUGGCUCCUGCUGCUCCCCAUUGUGCCAAAUUGACAAGUACCUGUACGCCAUGCGGCUGUCUGACGAAACGCUGCUGGACGUCAUGGCUCGCUUCAGGAGGGAGAUGAAGAACGGCCUCUCCAGGGAUUUCAACCCAACAGCCGCAGUGAAGAUGCUUCCCACGUUCGUGAGGUCCAUUCCUGACGGCUCGGAGAAAGGAGAUUUCAUCGCGCUGGAUCUUGGUGGCUCUUACUUCCGAAUUCUUCGGGUAAAGGUAUCGCACGAGAAAAAGCAGACGGUGCAGAUGGAAAGCGAAAUCUACAAUACCCCCGAAGACAUCAUGCACGGGAGUGGGACACGGCUUUUUGAUCAUGUUGCUGAAUGCCUGGGAGACUUUAUGGAGAAACAACAAAUCAAAGACAAGAAACUGCCAGUUGGGUUUACAUUUUCCUUCCCCUGUCGACAAUCCAAGCUAGAUGAGGGUUUUCUGAUAACCUGGACAAAACGCUUCAAGGCGAGCGGAGUGGAGGGAGCAGAUGUCGUGAGGCUGCUCAACAAGGCCAUCAAGAAACGUGGGGACUACGACGCGGAUAUCAUGGCUGUGGUGAACGACACCGUGGGCACCAUGAUGACCUGCGGCUUCGACGACCAGCGCUGCGAAGUCGGCCUGAUCAUUGGCACGGGCACCAACGCCUGUUACAUGGAGGAGAUGAGGCACAUCGACUUGGUGGAGGGGGACGAGGGCAGGAUGUGCAUUAACACGGAGUGGGGCGCCUUCGGAGACGACGGCUCGCUGGAGGACAUCAGGACCGAGUUUGAUCGAGAGAUUGACCGCGGAUCCCUUAAUCCUGGGAAGCAGCUGUUUGAGAAGAUGGUCAGCGGGCUGUACAUGGGGGAGCUGGUAAGGCUCAUCCUGGUGAAGAUGGCCAAGGAGGGGCUGCUCUUUGAGGGGAGAAUCACCCCUGAGCUUCUCACCAAAGGGAAGUUUGAGACAAAGCAUGUUUCUGCCAUUGAAAAGAGCAAAGAAGGUUUGAACAAAGCCAAAGAGAUCCUGACCCGGCUGGGGGUGGAGCCGUCCCACGAGGACUGCAUCGCCGUGCAGCACGUCUGCACCAUCGUGUCCUUCCGCUCGGCCAACCUGGUGGCCUCCACCCUGGGCGCCAUCCUCAACCAGCUGCGGGAUAACAAGGGCGUCGGCCGCCUCCGGACCACCGUGGGGGUGGAUGGCUCCCUCUACAAGAUGCACCCACAGUACGCCCGGCGCUUGCACAAGACCACGCGGCGCCUGGUGCCCGACUCGGAGGUGCGGUUCCUGCUGUCGGAGAGCGGCAGCGGCAAGGGAGCGGCCAUGGUGACGGCCGUGGCGUACCGGCUGUCGGAGCAGCACCGCCUCAUCGACGAGACCCUGGCCGAGUUCAAGCUCACCCACGAGCAGCUGCUGCAGGUGAAGAAGAGGAUGAGGGCGGAGAUGGAGGCGGGGCUGAAGAAGAAGACUCACGACACGGCCAAAGUGAAGAUGCUGCCCACCUUCGUCCGCAGCACGCCGGAUGGGACAGAGAACGGAGACUUUCUGGCACUUGAUCUUGGUGGGACAAACUUUAGAGUUUUGCUGGUGAAAAUCCGCAGUGGUAAAAGGAGAACAGUUGAGAUGCACAACAAGAUCUAUGCCAUUCCCAUAGAGGUGAUGCAGGGAACAGGAGAGGAGCUGUUUGAUCACAUCGUUACCUGCAUUUCUGACUUCCUGGAUUAUAUGGGGAUAAAAGGCGCACGUCUUCCUCUUGGCUUCACCUUUUCCUUCCCUUGCAAGCAGACCAGUCUGGAUGCUGGUAUCCUUCUCAAUUGGACAAAAGGCUUCAAAGCUACAGACUGUGAGGGAGAAGAUGUGGUGUAUUUACUUAGAGAAGGAAUUAAAAGAAGAGAGGAAUUUGACUUGGAUGUGGUGGCUGUGGUGAAUGAUACAGUGGGCACAAUGAUGACUUGUGCUUAUGAAGAUCCGAACUGUGAAAUUGGGCUCAUUGUGGGAACGGGCAGCAAUGCCUGUUACAUGGAGGAGAUGAGAAACAUAGAGAUGGUGGAUGGUGAGCAGGGGCGGAUGUGUGUGAACACGGAGUGGGGGGCGUUCGGGGACAACGGCUGCCUGGACGACAUCAGGACAAUAUAUGACAAAGCAGUCGAUGACUUCUCCCUGAACGCCGGAAAGCAAAGGUAUGAGAAAAUGAUCAGCGGGAUGUACCUGGGAGAAAUAGUCCGCAAUAUUUUGAUCGACUUCACCAAACGGGGUUUCCUGUUCCGAGGCCAGAUUUCAGAGACACUGAAGACCAGGCAUAUCUUUGAAACCAAGUUCCUUUCUCAGAUUGAGAGUGACAGGUUAGCCUUGCUGCAGGUGAGAACCAUCCUCCAGCAGCUGGGGCUCAACAGCACCUGCGACGACAGUAUCAUUGUGAAGACGGUCUGCGGGGCGGUGUCGAGGCGAGCGGCUCAGCUGUGUGGUGCUGGAAUGGCCGCCAUUGUAGAUAAAAUUAGGGAGAACAGAGGCUUAGAGCGCCUGGAGAUCACGGUUGGUGUGGAUGGCACUCUCUACAAGCUCCACCCACACUUCUCGAGGAUCAUGCACCAAACAGUCAAAGACCUGGCACCCAACUGCGACGUGACCUUCCUGCUGUCGGAGGACGGCAGCGGGAAAGGGGCAGCGCUCAUCACAGCGGUGGGAUGCAGGCUUCGUGAGGCUGAGCAGAACUGAACUCCACAAUCUUGGCCUUGAUUCUGUCUUGUGUUUCUCAUAAAGCAGCGACUGUAUAGUCAGAACUGGUAAAAAAAACCCAGAACUCACUGCUUUAUCAGGGAAAAAAAAAAAAAAAAUACAACUAAUGACAUAAAAAAAUAGGAUACAAGAUAGAAUGUGUGCUGUUAAUAAUAUCUCCUGUUUCUGGACCCCAAUCUGCAUGUUUCUUACUCACCUUGUUGGUACCUUCCCCACCUGUAGGUCAUGGAAAAAAACAGUCUAUAAUUUCUGCAGUUGUCAAAAAUCAGUUGUUGUCUGAGACGAAAUUGCCCCCAAGUGAUGUGCGCUGAGAGCUCCCGUUGCACCGUACCAAUCGUGUUCCUUGCAGCAUCCCCGUUAAGCGCACUGCCAGCACGCUGACCACCAGACCUGGCUGUCGAUGCUUUUAAGUGAAGGGGAAGCAACAGCUCCCUCCUGCAUUACCUACCUGCCGUUGUUUCGUCUAAAGCGGUUGUGAAAACGUUAUGGUGUGUCAGCGCUGUGCACGCACGUAACUCUCUAGUGGGGCUUGACACCACGACUUACUCGCUUCCUCGAUGCCUCUUGUCAUGGUGAGAGUAAACACCCUCGUCCCACAGAUCUGGUUCCACUGGUAUUCCCCGUUGCUUCUGUGAGCAGUGUUGUGUUACUGGGCGAAAUCUGUCGCGUUUUGGCGAGAAAUCCCUAAAGACUAAAGCCAGGUGCUGGUGACUGGGGUAAUCCAAAUCUCCAGACUCGCGAAAUCGGUAGAUCUGUGGUCCCUACGCGGCUGUGCUGUACUCUUCUGUCUAAGGGUUCCUAUAGAAAAUAGUUUCUAUCUCCUCUUGUCAGUCUGGGUCAGGGCACUGCAGCUGCCCUUCCACCAAAGCUGCAGCUCAGUCGCGUCCCCUGGAUGCGCCUACUUCGGUCUCUUGUCUUUAAUGGGUAUUUGCUUCCACGCAGAGCUUUCAUCUGUAAUGCUGUUCAGAACGCAAACGCUCGGCCUGAGUUAGCGUGCAGAAAGGAAGAGGAGGGUUGCGUUUUGAUCUUGCCUUUCAGGACCCGGGUGCGUAAACAACCCACAAAGCCAAAAUUGGGUGCAGCUUAUUCCAAGGAUGAAAGCAACAGCAGAUCAUUUACACGUGGUGUACCCCGUCCUCUGUCCAGUCGAUGCCAUUAUUAUAUUUGCAUACCAGUUGCAUCACUUCAAUUGAGAAGCAGUUAGGAAGGUGCACGUCAAGUAACAUUUGUAGUCACGCCACUUUCUGCAAAGAGGGAGACCACACAGUAGUCCUUAAUUCCCGCUCUUCUACCAAAAGUGAAUUUGAGAUGUCCGCAUGGUUUUCCCUGAUGCCUUUUCCUGCAGAAAGUAGAUGGAAAUUUGCAGGCUGCUCUUCUCUGUUCUCGUUCCACUCCCUAAGAUUUGGAUUGCCCUACCUAUCGAUAACAUUUCAAUAUGCGUUAUGGUGCACUGUGAGUGAAUGUUGUAAAGUAACCUGUAAGUCACAACGGUCAUUGCAGCUUUAAGUGUGUGUCUACCUGAAAAAUUGCAUGCCUAAAUGGUUUUGCAAAGGUAGAGGGUCUUUUUACUUUGCACACUAGUAGCUCCGGUACUAGUGUUACGUGAUACUUGUGAAAAUAUUAAACUUUUUUGAUGUGCGUUAA